CUGAGGGCCUUUACACUGCACCAUCUCUGAGAUAGCCUGUGUCUAUGCCUGUUUUCCUCCCUGUCCUGCUCUGAGUCCCGGAGGCCUGUACAGUCAUGAAUGACAGCUUACGGUGACCCGUGCCACCCCUCUCCUAUGGACCAUGAACAUCUCAAACUAUCCCCUGGAUCACCCCCAGUCCACGGCCCUCCACUCUGGCGAUUACAUACAGGACCUUGCGUCACAAGAGGGACCGUCAACAUCUCAGGAGUUCAAGCCAGACCCAGACAGUAGGGCAACUCAAGAAGAGGGCUGUCCUGUGUGUGGUGACAGGGUGUCAGGAUAUCACUAUGGUCUACUCACCUGUGAGAGCUGUAAGGGCUUUUUUAAGCGCUCUGUACAGAAUAACAAGCGCUAUACGUGUGCAGACGCGCAAUGCUGCCCCAUGGACCCAGCCCAGAGGAAACGGUGUCCUUAUUGCCGCUUUCAGAAAUGUCUAGCUGUUGGCAUGAAGAAAGAAGCUGUACGUGCAGACAGAAUGAGGGGUGGACGAAACAAGUUUGGACCUCUAUACCGACGGGACAGGCAAAUGAAACAGCAAAGAGGGUCCUAUCACCAGACGAACACUGCCCCCUACAGAGUCAAAAUUGAGGGACCACAAGCACUGGUACCUGCUGCGCCUCACGAUUUUCAUGUUCUCAACCCCUCCUCUGCUUCUCUUGACUCUGAUCAUUACCACCCACCUCAGACCUUUCAUCCUAGUAUGAGCCAGUCUGAGUUUCCCAUGCUGUUGGACUGCACCAUACCCAAAGACCGGACACUACCUGAUCCAUCUCUCCCUUUCCACACAAUGUGCUAUCCAGGCUUCCACGGAUACCCUCCCGAGAAAAGAGAGCUCCCAUUUAGCUACAGCCCUGCUUCUGUGACACCCCCUGCUCCAAUCUCUCCUACUGUUCUCUCCACACCUGCACCUACACCCACUGCUACACUCACGCCAACCUCAACUCCAAGUUCUACCCCAACUCCAGCACAGAACUUGACACCCAGUUCAACACCAGUCUCUAGUUCAUGCUUCCUAAAUGAACUCCUACAAGCUGAGCCAGAUGAGAAGCAGCUUUGUACACGGGUAUUAGCAAGCCUCCAAAGAGAACAGGCCUGCCGAGGAAAACAUGACCGUCUCAACACCUUCAGCAUCAUGUGCAAAAUGGCUGACCAGACUUUAUUCGGACUGGUGGAGUGGGCAAGAAACAGCGCACUGUUUAAGGAGCUUAAGGUGGAGGAUCAAAUGGGGUUACUGCAGAGCUGCUGGAGUGAGCUUCUUGUCCUGGAUCACUUAUGCAGGCAGGUGGCUUAUGGGAGAGAUGGCAGCAUCUGUCUAAUUACUGGGCAACAGAUUGAAGUAUCGACCAUUCUCAGUCAGGCUGGAGCAACUCUCAGUAGUCUGGUGUCCCGAGCCCAGGAUCUUGUCUCCAAGCUUAGGUCACUACAACUAGACAGAGAGGAGUUUGUGUGUCUCAAAUAUCUGGUUCUCUUCAAUCCAGAUGUUAAAUCAGUACAAGACCGAAGGCAGGUAGAACAAACUCAAGAGCGUGUAAACAGAGCUUUGAUGGACCACACAAUGCAAACCCAUCCAGGUCACUCUGACAAGUUUGGACAGCUGCUGCUCCGUCUGCCAGAGGUGCGCAGCAUCAGUCUGCAGGUGGAGGAAUACCUGUAUCAGCGCCACCUGCUGGGAGAUCUACCUUGCAACUCACUGCUGACUGAAAUGCUUCAUGCCAAGCACACAUGAGACAUGAUCAAAGAAGCUUGUUAUUGGCAAUGCUUUCUCUGCAUUUCUCUGUCAGUGCUGACCUCUGGUGUCCAACAAUUUUGAGCUUCGAACAAGUCCUGUGUUAUCAUUAGCUGGCACUACGUACUAGUUAACAAUAGGAACAAAAACUGGUUUCAGGUAUUAUGAGCCCAUGACAUGACACAUACACUCACAUUCUUUGAACUACUUACCUUACAGUUAUGGAUCCCAUCCAGUCAUAGCAUUCAAACACUGCCAUUUAUAUAAAAACAUAACGGUCUCACCUCUAUAUUAUAGACACAGAGACUCAUCACACAUUGUGUUUGUCUCACAGAUUCGAGUUUCCAAUAAAAGUGUCUAUAUAUAUAUUUCUAUGGUCAGAUUUCAUGUGUCCUGUAUCUAGAAUGCAGCUUUAGAAGGUAAAGAAGCCCAUCAAGUCCAGGUCAUAUUUCACUUCAAAAAGAAAAAUAUAUAUAUUUUGAAGAAAAGAAAGAAUAAGAAUCCAGAAUUACUUCAUGUAACUUCUUAUUACUUCAAGCAAUAAAAAUCUACUGAAGAAUAAAGAAAAUUACAAACUUGAA